AUGGCCAUCUGUAUCACCUUCGGGACGCAUGAGUUUACCUCCAUGCUAGAGGGUUACGAGAAUGUUAGAGCUUUUUGCUAUAACUGUCAACAUUACAAUGGACGGUGUAUAACCCGAUGGCCGUUCUUCACAGUGUGCUUUAUUCCUCUAAUCCCAAUGGCAAUCCACAAAUACAAGGAAGUCACCUGCUACACAUGCCGAUUCACCCAGGACUUACGUGACCGCCCUGAUAUAACCCCAGAAACUCGGGCUCCGCCAAAUGCAGGAUAUGGGCCGCAGCCGCCACCAAAUGCGUAUUUUGCCGGGCAACAGCAACAGCAACAUCCGCCACCGCAAGGACAGGAGGGACAGCAAGUGCAAGGACCGCCUGUGGCGUCUGGAGCUACGUCUCCGCCUCCGCAGCAGUACGGGUAUAAGUGA